GAGGGAUGGAGGGAGGGAGGGAGCUCAGGAGGGAGGGAGGGGAGAGAAGCGAAAAGGGGGAUCGUUCUCCCGGUCAUAUAACGCGACAUCUCUCUUUCCUCCUCUCCGCUGGCAACAUACGCGACGCGCAACCGACACCCCGUGCUCCUCUCCCAAACCAAAGGCGCUUUGUUGCUUUGCGAUGCGGAACCCAGAGCCAUGAAAAUGCUUCGGUUCCGGAGUCCGAGCAUCUCCUCCCUCGCGCAGGAGGUCCGGUGCACGGUUCGCCUGCUCGACGACUCCGAGAUCGCGUGCAGCAUCCAGAGAGACACUAAAGGACAGUUUCUCUUGGAUCAUGUGUGUAAUCACUACAGCCUGUUGGAGAAGGAUUACUUUGGCAUCAGAUAUGUGGACCCAGAGAAACAAAGGCAUUGGUUGGAUCCGAGCAAACCAGUAGUGAAACAGAUGAAAUGUCAGCAGCCGUACACUAUGUGCUUCAGGGUGAAGUUCUACCCUCAGGAGCCAAUCAAGAUCAAGGAAGAGCUGACAAGGUAUCUUCUGUACCUGCAGCUGAAGAGAGACGUGUACCACGGUAGGCUGUUGUGUCCCUUCGCUGAUGCUGCGUAUCUUGGAGCCUGUAUAGUACAGGCUGAGCUUGGGGACUACGAUCCUGAGGAACAUCCUGCAGACUACAUCAGUGACUUCAAGCUCUUCCCCAAACAGUCCCUCAAACUAGAGCGCAAGAUCAUGGAGAUCCACCAGAAUGAGCUGAGGGGACAGUGUCCUGCCCUCGCCGAGUUAAAUCUUCUUCAGAGGGCUUACACACUGGACACAUAUGGAGUCGACCCACAUCCCUGCAAGGAUUUCACAGGAUCCACAGCCUUCCUGGGAUUCACUGCAAGAGGGUUUGUGGUUUUCCAGGGAAAUAAGCGGAUCCACCUUUUAAAAUGGGCAGAUGUCAGCAAAUUUAAGUUUGAAGGGAAAACAUUUUAUGUGAUUGGAGUGCAAAGAGAGAAGAAACUGGUUCUGACGUUCCACACCUCCACACCAGCAGCCUGCAAGCACCUGUGGAAAUGUGCCGUGGAAAACCAGGCUUUUUACAAGUGUGCAAAAUCCAGUCAGAUUAAGACAGUGUCCAGCAGCAGUAUAUUUUUCAAGGGAAGCAGAUUUCGCUACAGUGGUCGGGUGGCUAAAGAAGUGAUUGAAGCCAGUUCAAAGAUUCAGAGAGAACCUCCUGUUGUAUACAGGUCUCAGUUUGGUCAAAGCAGAAGCUUUACUUCGCUCAGUCAUAAACAGCUGAUAAUGAACAUGGAGCCUCUUCUACCAGCACUGAGCUCCAGCAGGGAAAACAGAGACUCCUCCGCAGACAACGAUGGCAUGUUAGCAGUGAUUAAUACGAGGCCUGCCUGGACUUCAGCUGUCAGAGGACUCUCGGCUUUGAAAGACUCGGUUCAUCUGUCCCCACUGAAACCAUCGUUCACUCCUGAGGAGGCGGAGAUGGAGGAGAGGGAAAACCACGUUCAGGACAGACGCGAAGACGAGGCAGCCAACAGGAUGAGAGUGGAUGAGGAAAGGAGACAGAUACUUGUAGACCAUGAAGAUGAAGCGUGUUCGGCUCUCACCAUAUCUGACACAGCGUACAGCCCGUGUGCCAGCAUGGUGCCCACGCCGGUGGAGGAGAGCCAGGGCGGCCUAGACCUGCUGUUCCAGAGCCCCGCGCGCCUGCUGAAGGAGCUGCACGCCGACCCAGACAUGCAGCUGGAGCUCCAGGCUGAGAGGGAGAGGGAAGUGGCCAGAGAGGUGUUUGGUCAGUCGCUGUGCAGCCCAUCGAGUGGACGGCAGCAGAUGCAGGCGUGUCUGCGCAGUGCCGCCCGUCUGGUGGUGAUGGCCACGGGUCUCCUCGUGAUUCUGCUGCCCCUGCUGCUCGUGCUGCUGGAGUCGGACUUGGACAUUUCGUUCUUGCAUGACAUCCGACAGACGCCCGAGUUUGAGCAGUUCCACUACGAGUACUACUGUCCCCUGCGCCGCUGGUUCCUCUGCAAACUGGAACUCAUGACGGAGCAGCUCUGGGGCGACUGAGGCUCGGCGGGAAAUACAGGGAACGGGGGGCGGGAAUAUAAUGGACAGGACCGGACAGGUUUGCUCUCCUACAUCACAUGGUUUAUUCAUUCACAUCUUUUGCGGAUCACGCCGAUACGUUCUCGUAGCAGUAAUGGAGGCAGUUUUUCUAGCACUUGCGCUGUAGUUGUCUAGUGUUUUAGCCAUAGCGUUAGACAGCGGACAGCAGCAUGGGCCUUUAAAUGGUUCAUUAAAGCCGUAUGACAUGCACAGCUUUGGUAGAAAUGCAUUGGAACAUCAUACAUUUCAACAAUGAUGAUGGAUAUGUAUGCUUUUUCAAUAUCUUCAUUCAUUUCAUCUGCCUGUUGUCAUAAACUUAAAAAAGAGUGUCAGUCAGGGUCCAAAAUUAACUUUUUGUCCUACAUUUCAAUGGUGAGUGAUUUUAUUUGAAUGUAUUUUACAGGUUUUUCUUUGUUUUGGUGUUCCUAUGACUAAGCCCCCUUUCUCUAAGUGCUCAUUUUUUUCUUUUGUAGACUAUUUGAACAGUAUCUCUUUGAUUUGAUUCACUUAUAAUCAGCGAGGGUCACUGUUUAAAAGAGUUAGGUUAACUGGCCUGUAAAACAAUUUUCAUUCACAUUUGAUGCUUGCCAAAGUUAAUUGUGGACCCUGAUGCCGGUUUGAGUGUGAAAUCCUGUAUAAACACAUAUGAAGAGUUCAUUUCAAAUGAUUUGAUGUCUUUGACUCAGUCAACCUCCAUAACAACUCAAAUAAUGCACGUCAAAUGUAGAAGAGGCACAGACAGGUAAUGAGCUCAGACCCGCUUCCCUAAAUCAAGACUUAUUUUCUUAAAAAUCAAAUCACAGCUAUUAAGACGAGCAAAUUCUGACCUCAUAACACUGUAUUGGCGUAAAUCUCUGCCUCUCGCAGAGCAACACACAUAGCUGUAAGAGAGAGGGCAAGCUAUACAUGCUAAAACUUAAUAUCUGUUUUUAAAAUUUUAUACAUUUUUAUGUGACGCUUACAGUUACUUAUAUUUUUCAGCAAAAAAAAAUUAAGUUAUGUUAUUUAGACUGAUUUACACUAAAAGUAGGUGGUAUAGAAGUGAAAUAUUUUUAUUAUCACCAACAAUUUAUCUUAAAAUGCUGUGCUGUGUUUUUAUAUAGAAUAGCACAAAGUAUAAAUUUUUUUUUUUUUUUCAGAUUUUCAGAUGUCAUGAGCAGAUGUAAUAGCAGGUUGUUAGUACAUUUGAGAGGCUCUUAACUGAUCACUGCAAUCACACAACAUACAUAAACACAAAAUACAUAAAAAAGAUGCAUGAAACCGCUACAAAUCCAAAUAUUUACACAUUUAAAAAAAAACAAGUGUUGUGUCAAUAGCAUUUUGUGGAAGUCAAAUGAUUGAACGUAUUCAAACAAUGAAAGUGCAGCUAAUAAAAUUUAGUUUACAAACUAUGUCCAUUUAGCCCAAAAAAGUUGUCAAAGGAAAACUACAUUUCAUUUGCACAACUGGCUUUUCUUUAUACAUUUGUUUUAUUUUAUUUUAUUAUUAUUAUUUAUUGGUAAUGCAGGCUGUUUUGUAUGGAAGCUUGUUUCCGCCACAGGAUAAAAUAAAUAAAAGGGUAAUUGCAACUUUUUACCUUUUCUGACUUUUUUUUCCUCAGAAUUCUGAGUUCAGAAUUGUGAGAUAUAAACUCACAAAUUUUAGAAAAAAUUUCUUAAUUACAAGAUACAUACUCGCCAAUUUAAGGAAAAGUAUCUAAAUUGUGAAAUAUAAACUCGCAAAUUUGAGGAAAAGAGUCUGAAUGGUGAGAUAUAAAUCACAAAUUUGAGGAAAAGAGUCUGAAUGGUGAGAUAUAAAUCACAAAUUUGAGGAAAAGAGGCUAAAUUGUGAGAUGUAAACUGACAAAUUUGAGGAAAAGAGUCUAAAUGGUGAGAUAUAAACACAAAUUUGAGGAAAAGAGGCUAAAUUGUGAGAUAUAAACUCGCAAAUGUGAGGAAAAGAGUCCUAAUGGUGAGAUAUAAACUUACAAAUUUGAGGAAAAGAGUCUGAAUUGUGAGAUAUAAACACAAAUUUGAGGAAAGAGUCUGAAUUGUGAGAUAUAAACACAAAUUUGAGGAAAAGAGGCUAAAUUGUGAGAUAUAAACUCGCAAAUGUGAGGAAAAGAGUCCUAAUGGUGAGAUAUAAACUGACAAAUUUGAGGAAAAGAGGCUGAAUGGUGAGAUAUAAACACAAAUUUGAGGAAAAGAGGCUAAAUUGUGAAAUAUAAACUGACAAAUUUGAGGAAAGAGUCUGAAUUGUGAGAUAUAAACUCACAAAUUUUGAGGAAAAGAGUUUGCAUUGUGAGAAGUCAGAAUUGCCUUUUUCUUUUUCUUUUUUUUUGUUGGUGGAAAAAAAUACAAUAAAAUUAGAAAAUGUAAAUUAAAGAUUCUGAGAAAAAAAACAACAACUGAAUUACAAGUUAUAAAUACCUUUAUUUAUUUAUUAUUUUAAUUCUGUGGAAGAAAAAAAAAAGCUUCCAUAGUUUUGAUUUAAUAAUCAGUGAAGGGUUUCAGUCAUUCAUGCAGAACACAGUUUGAUUUUUUGAUUGAACUGAUUGAAUCAUGAAAUGUGGUUCUCUUUGGAUAUCAUGUUUUUUAUUUUUUAGUUAUAUGCCCAUGCAAGGCCUUGCACUACCAUACUGCAUUUGCAACACUGGCGUUUUGCAUAAUGCCAAACCUGAAGAACCUGUGAAGACUUGCUCCAUUUACUCUUUUUUUGUAUUUAAUUAAAUCAAAGCCAGUACAUGUCCUGAUUACAUUUGCGUUUCCUUCAGAGGUCCAGGAUGAGACUGAUGUCUUCUGGACUGGCCGGCUCACAGUGCAGCACAUUAACUAAUCAAAUUAACACGGCUACUUGUGAUGCAAAUCUGAUGUGAAGUCACAUCUGUUGCUGAGGUGAUAGCAAAAGGGCUAAUGACACAUGUCUGUCAAUGCAUCACGCUCAGCGGAGUUGUAGUUUGAAUCCAGUUCAACAUAAACCCAGAUCACUGACAUUAACUCUCAAACAGCAGGUGGCGCUCUCAGGAACGAAUGUCAAAUACUGAAGGAUCUUUAUUUUCUGAUAAAAAAAUAAAACAAAACAAAUAUGCAUAUUAGCAUACAGGCAUUUAUAUAGAUAUGUUACCACAAAUUAAAUAUUUGAUUGCUAUUGUAUGUUAUUUGUGGCUCGUGUGGUUGAUAUUCAUACCGACUCAUAUUUAUUCACCAUUACAACGUGUGCAUCAUCAAAUCAGAAUCAUACUGCAUACACUUGUGAUUCAAUCAGUUUUCAUCAAUGUAAAUUAACAGAUCUUUUUCUGAUAUAUCAUGAAUAAAUUUUUUUUUUUUUUUAAAGAUUAUACUGUAUACACUACCAGUCAAAAACUUGGACACAGUUAACUGAAUUUACAUCAUUAUUUGUCAUAAAUUGUUAAUUUUAAUUGGUAUGUAAAUGUAAUUAACUCCCCCUUCAAACAAUUAACUUAAUUAAUUACUUAUUGGUUUAUAUUAAGUUUCUUUAACUACUAUGUACUAAACAUUUAUUUAGGCAUGUAAUAAAAUGCACUUAUUUUAUACAUAAAUGUUUUUACAUUGCACUUGUAUUAAAAAAUACCUGUAAUAUAAUUAUUUUCUGUAAUUAUAUCUAUAAUUAUGUUUUUUGCUAAACAACAUGAACGCAAGUACAUUUGUAAUUCAUUAAUUAAUUUAUUACUUAUUUGAACUAUGUAGUAGUUAGAAACUUAAAGUGGGAUGUAAUAUUUUAUUAAUUUUAAACAAUUUAAUUUUGGUCUAAUGCCUUAUGGAUAAAUGCUCUGUAAAAUUUUAAGUCGGAGCCAAUAGUAACAGAAAAUUUAAAUUCGAUGCCAUGUUAUUUGGUCACUACGUAAUUCCUACACUUCCAUUUGCGUUCUUUCAUAGUUUUAAUGACUAAUUAAUUAUGAUUAACAUGAAAAGUUUGUCCAAACUUUUCUCCGGUAGCGAAAACAUCCACAUAAACUCAAAGUAGAUGUGUACAUUAAAACACAGACUAGUUCUCUUUGAGUUCCUCGCUUCUGCAUGUAUAACAUCUGUAAAUACUGUGAAAAGAAAACGUCAUUUUCAUCUCUCAUGUGUCUGACCUCGUGGAAGUCUUAUUUGUAUAUGAUCAUAGGACUAUGAAAAGGACAUCAAGGCUUUAUUCUAUUGUGUUGCGUUCAGGUUUCUCUGGACUUUCAGCUCAGGGUUGAGUCAUAUUUAUUGAUAGAUUCAUGAAGCAGCCAAUAAUAGAAAUACAACAUUGAUGCUUUGUUCUAUUGCUGCUGUCAAUGUCGUGGUUCUCAUUAUAAUAAAAUCAUCACAUAUGUGGAAUAUGUAAAUAAUAGAUAGUCAUGCUUUGUGCUUCAAUGUGUGCUAUCAUGACCAAUGAAAGCAGAGAAGCAGUGGCCACAUUCAAUCGAUCUGCUAGAGGAAGCCUGAGCUUCGGGUUGAUUGAAUUUGCCCAUUAACCUGAACAUCUCUUAUCAUCAUAUAUCGUAGUGUGGCAAAAUAUAGCUUUCCAAACUCAUUUUAAUUGGCCAGAGGGUUAACAUACAGUAUUUCAUAUAGCAUUCAGAAAUGUCAUGCACUGGAAUUUGUGUUUAUUGUUUUUGUAGCCUUGCUAUUCUGUUGCAUGAUGGGACACCAAGACUAAUUUAACCGAUUCCUUUGUUAUAUGUUUGGUAGAACUGUGAUUUUAUUUGCCUACAAACAUACAAAACUGAACACUGAUAGAAAUGGAAAUGGGAAUAGAAAUGAACAACACAAUUAUCAUGUUUUCAAAUGUUCAUUAGUAAUUAACGUUUCUGGUGAAUUCUUACAAAGCCUUUAAAGGACGCCAUAUCAGGGUUAUAAUUUACCCCAAAUCAAAAAAAUAUUUUGCUAAAUAUUAAUAUACAUUAUUAGUAUUACGAAAAUGAGGCUAAUUUAACAUUAUGAAAAGAAAAAAAGGAUUUAGGAAUUAUCAUGACAAUAAUGUCACAAUGCAAAUAAAAAAAAAAUAUAUAUAUAUAUAUAAAAAAUCUUCAUGGGCUUAUAAAUAAUGUCAAAUAUAUUGUAUUUUUUUUUAUUAUUUUUUUUAAAUGUGUUUUCAGGGUGAAAUAUGACCUGGAAAAGCAUAACAGUUUAGAGUUGACCCAAUUGUAGAUGCUGUGAUUAAAACCAAUUGUCUAUUGAGGGAAGAAAAAAUAAAAAAUAAAAAUUCUUGUCAUUUACUUCUCUUAAUUAGCCUCUUGUGUCCAAAAAUCCCCAGAUGUUUCUUAAAUAAUAUGGUUAAACAUGAAAACCACCCAUUUCCCUUUAAAAACUGAUAAUUAUAUAAUAAAAAAAGAAAAUAUGCAAAUUAACUGAACAUCUGGAAAAUGCUUGUACAUGUUUUGUUUUGUUUUUCUUUAGAGGUUUGAGAUUUUUUUGAGUAUUUGGUGAUUUCACUGCGUAUGUGAAUUGUGUUUUGUUUGCAUGUUUAGCAGCAUUAUAAAUGUUUCAGUUUAAAACAGUCUGUCAUUUAAUUUCAAAAUACAACUCUGGGAGUAUAAAAAAAAAUAAGUUCCCAGAUUCACUGGGAAUCGCCUUAUUAAAUUUGUAAAGUGAUUUUUGAUUGUUUAUAUGUUAAAAAAAGAAUUGUUUUAUAUGUUAGUACUGCCACAAUAAAA